UGUUUCAAAAGUGUAUUUGUUGUACUGUCAAAUUAGAAAGAGCAGCAGGGAAACAUCAUGGGGAAAAAAAUGAUUUUGCUUCUGAUUUUUGGAGUCCUUGCGGCAUAUUACAUUUACACUCCUCUCCCAGAUAAUAUUGAAGAGCCUUGGAGACUGAUGUGGGUAACCACAAGUUUGAAAACAGCCCAAAAUGUGGCUUGGUUUGCUGAACUCUUGGGAAUCAGCCACUUCAUGGACAUUCUACAGUUCUUUAUGAACCUUCGGGAAGUCCCCAUCAGAUCUGAUGAAAAUGUCACUGUAAUGGAGACAACUUUCAAUAAUGUUCCUGUCCGCGUAUAUGUGCCAAAACGAAAGUCAGAGAUACUAAGAAGGGGUUUAUUUUAUAUCCAUGGUGGUGGUUGGUGUUUGGGGGAUGCUGCUUUUUUAAAUUAUGACCUUCUGUCAAGACGGACAGCUGAUAGACUUGAUGCUAUUGUCAUAUCAACCAACUACAGACUAGCACCUAAAUAUCAUUUUCCAAGUCAAUUUGAAGACGUAUAUAAUGCAUUGAGGUGGUUCUUACACCAAGAUGUUCUUGAAAAAUAUGGCAUAGAUCCUGAAAGAAUUGGUGUUUCUGGAGACAGUGCUGGUGGAAAUUUGGCUGCAGCAGUGGCUCAACAGCUCAUAGAGGACCCAGAUGUCAAGAUCAAACUUAAAAUACAAUCUUUAAUAUAUCCUGCCCUUCAGACUCUUGAUAUGGAUUUACCGUCAUAUAGGGAAUAUCCACACUUUCCAGUUCUACCCAGAUCACUUAUGGUCAGGUUCUGGAGUGAAUACUUUACCACAGAUAGAUCACUUGAAAAAGCCAUGCUCUUCAAUCAACACAUACCAGUGGAAUCAAGCCAUCUGUUCAAGUUUGUUAAUUGGAGUUCCUUGCUCCCUGAGAAGUUCAGAAAAGGACAUGUUUAUAAUAGUCCAACUCAUGGUAGUUCCAAGCUAGCUAAAAAAUAUCCAGGGUUCCUAGAUGUGAGGGCAGCCCCGCUGUUGGCUGAUGACAACAAGUUGCGUGGUUUACCUGUGACCUAUGUUCUCACUUGUCAAUAUGACGUUUUAAGAGAUGAUGGAGUCAUGUAUGUCACCCGACUUCGGAAUGCUGGAGUUCAAGUGACCCAUAACCACAUUGAGAAUGGAUACCAUGGAGCACUUUUCUUUAAUGAAUUUAAAAUUGAGUAUAGAAUACAAAAUCAGUAUAUGAGUUGGCUACAUGAAAAUCUAUAGUGCAAAUCUAAGCAACGGUUUAUUAAAAAUAUAUAAGCCUCAGAACAGAAAACAAAUUAGUGAAAAUUAAAGGGUUGGUGUUUAAAUUGAUUUUUAUCAUCUGUGACCUUCCUAAGGUACCCAGCCAUAGUGGCAUUUUUUCGAUAGCUAACAAAUUCUUCCCCAUUUUAUUCCUUAUUUUAAGUGUUAUUCACUGACUUCUGUGAAAAUACCUUCCUGUUUUUUCUGAUACUGUUACUUACUUCUUAUAUGUCUAAUUUACAGUCCUAGUUUUUUUGAUUGCCUAAGAGUAUUACAGUUGAGAAGAAAGUUUGAAACAAACACAUCUAGUUUGUGAAAUGCCAGAGUUUUAGUGAGCUUGGAUUUAGAGCAUUGAAAUAUAUCUGUAUAGGAACUGGUAUGAAUUAUGUGCCAACUCUAAAAAAUUUUGCCUAAAUGGAGAAACAUAUCAUGCUCAUGGAUAGGUAGGAUCAACAUUUUUAAAAUGUCCAUACUAUCCAAAGUGAUUUACAGAAUGA